UAAGUAGUUCUUUUAACAAAACCUAUUGACUGCCCCCAGUUGAUACUUUGGAAAUUAAAACUAAUUGUGAUUGUUUACGUAGCUCUUAGAUUUGCAGAAAAACUUCAGCAUGUCUUCUUCUCCUCCAACAAAACCUCCACGAGGUGUAAAACAAGGAAAGGAAACUAGUGGUUUACUUAUGUCUGUGAUCCGGACUUUGUCAGCAAGUGAAAACAAUGAGCAGAGAGAAAAGGAGAGAGCCAAGUUGGAGAAGGAAUAUAAAAAAAGUGAUGCUAGACUUGAUGAACUGGUUGCGGCUCAUGCUAGUGAGAUCACAGAGGUCAUGCAGAAAUUCAGUGCUGUGGGUGCAGCAUUAAGCGCUUGGGGCCAACACUCAGCAGCAGCUGAAGCUAGACUAUCAGCUUGUAGAGCAUUGUUACGUGUCCGUAGAGAUGAUCUGAGGAGACUAUGGGGUAAUGCCAGAACCCAUCAUCAUGCCCUGCGAAUGUUAACUGAUAUAGAGCGCGUGGUGGUAUGCUCCCGCGAGGCUCGCGAGCUGUCCGCAGCCGGUCGUGAGCUGGCGGCGGCACACGCACUGCAGCAGGCACUUAGCACCGCCACCGACCGCCUGCCGCAUCUGCAUGCUCUCAGCGCCACCACGCAUCAUGCGCAGGCUAAGAAACUGGAGCUCGUGGACACAAUAGUCCGCAAGAUCAGCGACGCCGUGUACAAGGAUGAGCGGCAACCGUUUAACAGACAGGUGUCUGCCAGACGCAGGACUGCAUUGUUAUUGGCUGAAUUAAAUAAAAGUGAAGAUGUGAGUGAUGCAUAUUUGGAAGAGAUCACACCGGAGUAUGAGGCAUCACUCACGGAUGAAGACAAAACCUUCGAGACCACUAUCAUGAUAUCGCUGGAGGCGCUUGGUGUUUUAGAACAGCUGGAAGAGGCAGCUGAGAAAUUUAAGGUGCAAAUACACAACGAGUUGUUGGAUGUGAUAGACUCUGUGUCUCGACGUAUCAUUGACGAUGAUCUGGACUGUGAGGACGAGGGAGACGGAGACAUGAUCGAAACGGAGGGUGUGACAGAGACGGGUAGACCGUUGGCGCGACUAGUGGCCUGUCUCACGGAAGAGUUCAAGGCUUGUGGGAUGAGAAAUAAGAGAUUGAUACAGCUGUGGCGAGCAGCGCUGCAGCGUCACAAGCAAAGUGACGCCUGUCUGCACACACAGCAGCAUUACUACAGCGCGGUACAGCAAGUGAUGCAACUUCUCCUCACCGAGUACUUGGAGAUUGAGAGCGUUAACAUGUCAGUCCAGCGCGAGCGGUCGAGCGCGCGCGGCGAGCGGAACGAGCGUGACGUCACCGCGCCCGUGGCCGACCUGCGCUUGACCGACUACUUUACUAAGAAACGGCCGCAGAGACGUCGUGAUAAACUGUUUCGAUUUCCUGCUGCCGAAAUUCUCAUAUCAAGCAAAACAUCACGAAGACAGCGCUACCCACUAGUUUGUCAGCCACAGCCCGCCUUGCUGCACGCGGGGCUGCCGGCGCUGCACGGUCUGUGUGCACACCUCGAGCGAUCUGGUGGCGGAGAAUGCUCACUCCGCGUGUUUGUGACGGACUACGUGCGGUGGGGAGAGAGUGAGCGGCUCGCGAUGUGUGCGCGCCAAGAGAUUGAAAGUGCACUGAAGCAGAGCGGCGCUUGGAAGGAACGUAUCACCGUAACCGAGCCCAGUGGAGAGCAGCGCAUCGUGUUCGAGUGCGUGCGCGAGGCGUGGGGCGCUGUCGAGCGCGUGGCGUGUGCGGCGCGGCGCUGCGGGUCGUGCGGCGGAGCGGCCACGCUGCGGGCGCUCACGGCGGCGCUGGCCGCACUUGCCGCCCACUGCCGCGCUGCGCACGCGACCGCCGCGCCGCCGCAGCCGCGCGCCGCGCGCUGGCUCGCCGAUGACGACAUCGUCCGCUUCCUGCAGGCGCUACCCAACUACAAGCUGCUCGUUAAGAGCAAGGACACGCCCCCCACACCGCAGGAACUGAAGGCGGCUUACGAACGGGAGGCGGAGAUCCUUGGCACCAGCCUGGGUGACGGCGAGAUCUCCAAGCGGGAGAUCAUCUCGGACGUGAACGUGCUCGUCGAGCUGGCCCUGCUCGCGGAGACUAUGGAGUGGGUGAGCUGCCAGAUCUGCGCGCUGCCAAGCGUGUUGAGCGCGGGGGGCGGCGUCGGCGCGGGGCUCAGGCCUGGCGAGAAGUUUGUAGGAGAGCUGCGAGCGCUGGCCGAGACCUUUGACGAGAUCAAACACAAGUGUCUGCUGUUCCUUCAUCUGGAGUUGCGAAUCGAGUGUUUCCAUUACCUGAGCCAAGAGGAAGAGAAAGAGAUGGAGAGUCAGUGUGAGACGGAUACAGCGAGCGGCGGCGGCGCGGCCCGGCUGGCAGCCAGUCUACGAGCCGUCCACGAGCACGCGGCCAAUAUCCUCAGCCCGCUUUCUCUGGCCUACGUAAUGAACGGCAUCGGCGAGAUGAUGUCUGCGGCGGUGGUGCGGCGCUGGCAGUCGGCGGGGACUGUCCCGGGGGCGGGCGGGGCGGAGGCUCGUCUGGGCACGCUGCGGCACUGUCUGGCCGCGCUGCAGCUGCCGCACGACGGACUACACGCGGCCGCAGACUACCUGCAUCUACUGGCGUGCACGCCGCAGGAGAUAAUAGCGUCUGUCCGCGAGAAGGGUCCGCAGUUUUCCGAGCUUGAGUAUCUAAGCGCGUUCAAAGUGAUCGGUGCGCGGCGAGGGCUCAGUAGUUCGGAAAUGCGCGACCAAUUGCAGCAGCUGUCGGCCGCGCUCGGGCACGUGGGCGUCACCGUGUGACGUCAGCGACGCGAGGAAAUGUUGUUACUAUUCAUGUUUUACACACAUUGCGCCACAACACGAGUUUAUUAAUUAAUGGUGAGCCGCAUCAGCAUAGCAAGCGAGUAAUUUAGAUAAAGGCACGGAAAUUCUUGGACGUGGACUUAGACCUGAGCUUUGAGUGUCUAUGGAGCCCUUUCGUGCGUCACUUCACAACAAAAUUUGUACAAAUUGUCUAACGAAAAGUCAGCUGCAAACUGUCUUAUGGGAACGGGAAAAUAUUAUACAAUAUUUUCCCGUUAUCAUUUUAUAAAAAAAAAGUAAUAGAAUCAGCUGAUACUACAGGUAGAGGGGAUGCGUAGAACUACAAGUUAAUCAAGUCUGGUCAUUAUAAGUAUACGUUCCCAUUUUUAAACAUUUAAGUUAAGUUAUAAACCCCAAGUUAAUUGUGAGGAGAAAAUGUUUAUUCUUAAAUUGUAAGAAGGCCCAAGGCUUCAUGAAGCACUUCAAAAUAUGUCCUAUGAAGAUAUAGUAAAAUUACAAAUACUGAUAAAAUAAACAUUAUCUAUAUUUGUUAAGUCAUUACAUUGAAGGCAUAGUUUACUUUUAUGCUUAAACUGUAGAUUAAUUUAUACGUUAUUGCUUUAUUAAGUUUUCCUUUUUUGUGAUUAUUUAGUUUGAAUAUCAGCUCUUUACGCCUGAAACACAACAUUACCUAAUUCAGGCACAGUGUUAACUAGCUUUUAGAUAAGACUUGUAUUAUUAUUUUAUUUUGUAAUUUAAAAAUCGUUUAUUAAAUAAAUUGAAAAUUGAAAUACUAAGCAGUGCACCCGGAUUUAUUAGCACGUUCCUAAGCGUGACAAGCCCUUAGCCUAGACAUAGGCGCAAAUCUGUAAUUUAAUUACUAGUGUAAUAAUGUAAAGACUAAAAUUAUAUAAUAUAUUAUUAUUUAUUCUAUGAACAUAUAUUAUCUUUAAGAGUGUAAUGUAAAUAAAAUAUAAUAUCAGCUA